UUGGCGAAGCGAGCGGAGCGACACGCACGAUCACGAAACUAAACGUCGUUCGUUUCUUCCAAGCCAACCAACGGUGAUUGAAUUUUUGUUCAUGAUUUUAUUCUUAUCGCUACAGUGAAGAUUAUGAGACUAUUAGUGAUAACUGAAGAAAACUAAAGUGUUGAAUGUGAUGUUACUGUGUUUUAAUUUCGUUUAGAGUGAUAAACCGUGCAGCAACAAAUCAAGUUUGAACUCAUUGUCGUGCUAUAAUUUGUGGGAACAGUUGGCCAAAACGGAAUAAUGCAGGCGAUUAAGUGUGUCGUGGUCGGAGACGGAGCCGUCGGUAAAACAUGUCUGCUCAUCAGUUACACCACAAAUGCGUUUCCCGGGGAAUACAUACCUACAGUAUUCGACAAUUACUCAGCGAAUGUGAUGGUAGACGGCAAGCCCAUCAACCUGGGGCUAUGGGAUACGGCGGGGCAGGAAGACUACGACCGACUCCGACCACUGUCCUAUCCACAGACCGACGUGUUCCUUAUAUGCUUCUCUCUCGUCAACCCUGCGUCUUUCGAGAACGUGCGAGCUAAGUGGUACCCCGAGGUCCGGCAUCACUGCCCGUCGACGCCCAUCAUCCUUGUGGGCACCAAGCUGGAUCUCCGCGAAGACAAAGACACCAUCGAGAAGCUGAAGGACAAGAAACUAGCUCCCAUCACCUACCCCCAGGGUCUGGGCAUGGCAAAAGAGAUCAACGCGGUGAAAUACCUUGAGUGUUCCGCGCUGACGCAGAAGGGGCUGAAGACGGUGUUCGACGAGGCCAUCCGCGCCGUGCUCUGCCCAGUGCAGCCCAUCAAGCGGAAGCGGACCUGCAGCCUGCUCUAAGCAGGUAGCGUGUGGGCGCGUGGGGGGCAGUGUAACAAAUAGCUUGUACCGCGCAGUGCGCAAGGACCGCAGUAGACAGUGUGUGAGUGAGCCGUGUAUCGCUUUAUAUGUCCGGACUCGCGUUUGGAUCGUACGGGAGUUAGGCCUGGCUCUACUAAAAUAAAACACCCUGUAUUAGUCGACCUAUGCUAUGCAAGCCAAAUUGUACCCUAUUGUCAUGUGGAUAAGGCACAAUCUAGCUUGUGCUAUUUCUGUGCGCAAGCAUUAUUUUGAUUGAAUAUCAGGUGUAGUGCAAGCCAAAUUGUACCAUAAUCUAAUCUUGAUAAGGCACAAUCUAGCUUGUGUUAUGUCUGUGCGCAAGCGCAUUUUGUUAAUCGAGUAAGGACAGGGCAACUUUACAAACAUUAAAAGUAGGACCAAAUUAUUAAACACUCUAAUUAGAGGGUGGAAAUUUGAGAUAUCAAUUUCUGUAUUUGAAGCGUAGAUAUUUACCGCAAUAGGCAAGUUAAGUAAAAAAGAUUCUGGUGUCUCAAGUUUCUGCCACUCAUAAAUAUCACGCAGAAAUUGUCGUUUUCGGAGCCAGGCCUAAAUGAGUAUAGUCGAAGUGAAAAUAACACAUAAGCCCGGUGAAGUGUGGUACUGAAGUCGACUGCAGAAUCGUUUGUUGUAACCCUAGUAACGACAAAAGUUGUGUCAACUGCGGAUAUUUUUGGUACUACUGUAUGGCCAAAAAAAAAAAUGAUUGUAAUUCUAAAAAAUCCGCAGGUAAAAAAUAUCGUCUACAACCAAUAGUGUUGUCCCUAAUCUGCAGUCAACUCCAGUGACACGCGAUUAUUUUACAGUAUCGAUGUAUAUCUUGACAUAAAACACCUCGGUCACGAUUAUGAAAGCCGUUAUAUUACUAAUUUUAACGUGAAAACGAUUCAAUCAAUUGUCAGCGACUUUCAUAGAGUGUAACUCUGCUGGGUGCUUUAACCUCUCCCUGUAUCUCACAAAACGUGCAAAUUAACAUUCCUUCAUUGUUUCUGACAGUUCUAUGUUCGGUACAAAUUGUUUUUUAAAUCUUUAACGUUUUCCAAGUAGUUGCGGUGAUUAAAAAAAUGGAAUUGUUGAAAUUUUUGUUAGGCAGAGAUUAUAUUUUUCGAUUUAUUAUUGCUUACUUUGUUCCCGGUUGUUGUAUUCAAUAUAAAUGUCGAUAAGUACAGUAUUUGUUAAGGGGACGGCCCUACAUUCUAAUGGGGCGUUUCGACGUGGGCUUCAUUAGUUCCGUAACGUACCGCUAAUAUUAAAAUGUCGCUUCAUGCUGCUGUCAAAGCGUCUAGAUUUUUCUAAAAUGUGUAAUUAAACAAAACGUACUGGCAUUCUUUACAUUGUAAGGCAAGAUGAGUUAGCUGAGCCUCAUAUCCUAAUCCAAACGAGUCCAUACCUUUUUAAGUUUGUCAAAUUUCUGAGGGUAGUGCGAUAGUUUGGCCCAAAACUUCUAUUAGAAUCCCACUUUCUGGUUUUUGUUAAUGUUAUGAAAUCUUAAACACAGGGUGGUUGUGAUUUAUUUUACUUAUAUCAGUAUUAGUUAGUAAAUGGCAUUAUUUCUCUAUGCUUCCUUGCACUAUUGUUAAUUUUUAAGCAGAAUACCGAGUUAUUAAAUAUGAAAUAGCGUAAGUACCCUCUACGUUUAUAAUGCUUAUGUUAAUUAGGAAUGGACUACAAAUUAAGGUAAUUUCGUA